AUGUCACUCUCGCUGUCGAUUGGCCUGCCAACUUCCACCGCGAACGCAAGCGGCACCGCGUCCAGUUCAGUUGCGCCCACAGGGAACAGCACGCUCACAUCAUCGUCUAUAUUUUCCACGAGCUCUAGCGCAUCCGGGAAUCUGACGAGUGUGUUCCCGACGUCGUCAUCCAGUGGUUCUGUCAAUGCCACCGCCACGGCGUCAUCAUUCAAUGGCACGCUUUCGUCCGCGACUACAGUGUCGUCUGCGACGUCUUACAGCAGCACGCUCUCGAGCUCGGCUGUCGGAGUAAACCUGUCUUCUACAGCAUCCCCGUCGAUCCCGAUUUCGUCCAAUUCGUCACUGCUGCCCACUUCGACCGGAGUCAACGGGAGUGUAUCGCCGAGUACCAGUACGCCUCUCCCGACCUCCAACUUUAGCACCUUCACGUUACUACCGACAUCGAGUGUGAUAACCAACAGCUCGUCCGUAAUUCCAUCGACGGUAUCCUCAGUCAACUGGACGUCCUCGAUCUCCAGCAGUAGCAUGAGUUACAAUGCUAGCAGCUCGGUUGUGAUCAGCUUCCCAUCUGGCUUAUCUAGUUCUAGCACGGCUUCGUUUAGCUCACUGACCACGCUCGCAUCUUCGAGCUCGACGUCCAGUACAGUCACAUACACGCCGUCCGUCAAUUCUGCGUACACCUUCUUGACGGCCACCUCGCUAGCUCUUGCAACGCCGACGACUUCUUCACCAUCGUCUGCGGCAUCGUACUCGGAGACAGACCAGUCCACAUCGACGCCAACGGUGUCUAGUCAGAGUGCGGCCACAACGGCCAGUCCCUCUUCGGCACCAUUGCCUUCCUGGCUACCCGCACAAAUCUAUCCCGCAGAUCCUGUCUCCCAGAGUGAUAUUCCAUCGGGGUAUCAGGAGAUUAGCCUCCUGUAUCUUAACACACUGAAUUGGGAACAUGUUGUUAAUGAUACUACAACGUCAUCGCAGAUCUUUGCAUACAUGCCCACGGUCGUGGCGACCGCCAUUAACGUCAGUGUGUCGUCUGUGUAUGAAUACGCGUUGCAGGUCUGGGUGCCCUCAGACUACACUGGCGAGGAUGACGCAAAUGACCUGCUUACGGUCUGGCUCUGCUAUAUUCCUGAAGGCUCUGUCAGCGAGCUCGCGCAACAGAUCAAGGACCCGUCAUCGUCGUUCUAUACGGGAUUAUCCGGUAUCUACACCGAGCUUGCUGAGCAAGUGAACCCCUCCUUUGCGGUUGACUCAGUAACAAGUUCUUCAUCGGACUCGGGUAGCAGCAGCGGCAACAGUGGAACACCGUCUUCCAGCAGCAAUGCUGCGACCAGUGGCUCGUCAAAAUCGAAGACACGCGAGGACGCCAUCAUUGGUGUCGUAACUUCGCUCGGGGGUAUCACACUCAUUGCGCUCGCAUUCCUGGUCAUGCGUGCCAUCAAGCAACGCCGAGAGCUGGCUCAUCAACGCUUGGCAGAACCUGUGAACGACCCACAUUCAUACGACGGAUCUCGCCCCGAGGGUCAGGAGUUCGACCGUGACAGUCUGGGCGGGCAGCGCAGGCGCAGUUUCUACUACGCCGCCGACUCGCUGCGCGGAUUCCAGGAGGUCGCGACUGCUGCGACCGCCGCUGCCGCAUCUUACGACUCGCAGCUGAACCAGGACAAUGCCAUGCGAGAACGCCGGCCGAUCGCACCGGCGAUGAUCUCCACGCCGAUCUUGAGAGAGAACUCGAUGAAUUGGUAG